UGGGCAAGGCCGGGGAGACCACUGCCGGUGUAUAUAUAUACAGGCGCCUGAGGUCACUUGGCCUCAGCCUUGCCGAUUGCUCCUCCCACUCCAUCCUACUGCUCGAUCUAGCUACUUCACAUCCAGCAGCAGGAUAAACCACCGCAUCUGGUUCUUCAAUCGAUUUGUUUGGAUCAGCACAGCACAACACAGCACAGGAGGAGAUGAAGAUGAGGACUCCUGCUGUCGCCUUUGCUGCUCUUCUGAUGCUGCUGCUUCUGGGUACAAGAGCACAUGGAAUCAGGCUGGAUAGGCAGUUGCAUGAAGCAAUCAACAGCAAGAAGAUGGCCGAUUCCAAGGCCGGCGAUGCCAAAGCAUCCAUUGCUGGCGACGACUCGGUGAAGAAGCACUGCACUCCCGAUGGGCGUUGCUCAGGAAAGGUGAAAAAGGCACUGGCGCACCCUGAAGCAGCAGCGGAAGCGAAGCAGCAGAAGAACAACUCGACGGGAAGCGAUCACCGCAGCAGCACACCGGUGGACGGCGAGGCCACCUCGCAGCAAGGGCGGCGUCACGAAGCGGCGGCGGAGGCGACGACGCCCGCGGCUUCUUCUUCCUCCCCGGCCCCGCCAGGCGUGCCGCGGCAGCGGCAGACGUACCCGGACAUCAUGGACAUCGCCGGCAUGGACUACUCGCCCGCCACGCGAAAGCCUCCCAUCCACAACUGAACGCCGGCCGGCCGGGGGCCGGGCUUGGUGGGCUACGAAUCAAAGAUCAGCAGCAGCACGUGAGUGGUGCACGCAGCACAAGUACGAGCUAUAGUGGCUAGCUACACAGGUCUACGUUCUCAGCUAGUGGUGCUUGCGACUGGCCUAUUAGCUUUGUUUGUUUGUUUGUUUGUUCAUUAGAUUAGCUGCUAGCCGUAGUAGCUAGUGAGUGCUCGACCCGGUCCGGUCAGUCCUGAUCCUGAAUAGAAUAGCGCGCGUACAGUCUAGUGACCCACUCGAUACUGGACAGCAUCGCAGGAAAUGCUGCACCUUUUGUGACGACGAUACUACUAGUACAAAAGCUUGCUUGGCGUUUUU